UAUGAAAAGAAUAUUGUUUACAGGUGUAAUGUCUUGUCUUACAGUGACUGCUAUGUCAGCAUGCAACUGGUAAUAUAGGCGUUAUUAGGAAUCUAUAAGAAAAUGGAAAUUGAUUGAUGAGCAAUUCAAACCAGAUUAUCCAAUAUAAAAUAUGGAGAUUUCAGAUAUUCUAUAAUUAGAUCCUAAAAAAUACUCAUAUAUACUAGUUAAAACAUCAGGGUUAUUUUAAUAAAGAUUGUCGUAGAACUCUUGAUAAAUAUAUACUAAAGGUGUACAGAUAUUAAGAUGGAAGGCCAGGAAUGAUGUUGUGCGGUAUACUAAGGGAUAAUUCAAAUGAAGCCAUAAUAGUAAAUUUGGGUUGGGUUCCAGAAAAUUAUUUAGAUUAAAUAGAAUCAAUUGAAGGAAUAAAAUUAAAAGAUAUGUGUGGUAUGAUAAAAUUACCAGAACAUCCAGAUAAGAAUACAGAUUAAAAUCUUAUGAAUACUUUUAUUGAUCUUGAAUUAAUAGCCAAAGAAAAUUAAUUAUAAGAGAAAUCAAAAAAAUUAUAUUUAGAAAGAUUAGGAACAUCUACUGAAAAUGCAGGAUUAUUUAAAUCUUAAGGUAAAAAGGGAUUGAUAUAUUAAUAUUUAAGAUUUGUAUCCUGUUCCUAGUUUCUAUUCUACAUUUUAGAAGCCAUAUUUGACACCAGAUAAACAUAAAGCAUAUUAUUGGUUUUGGGGAUCAUGUUCAUGUUUAGGAAUUUUAUCAAUAAUUUAACUAAUAAGAAAAUGAGAUUGAUUAAUAUCUAUAAAUUUAUAUAAUUUAAUGAAGAGUAUAAGAAAAUCUGUAGUGAAGUGUAAUUUAAAUUGCUAAUCAAAGUGCUUAAGUCAAUAGAUUUAUUUGGAUAGAAUAUAUUGUUAAAUCUCAAUGGAGAAGAUGAAUACAAAACUGCCUUUGGUGGUUUCUUCACUUUAAUGAUCCUAGGAAUUGUUGUUCUGUUUUUUUAAUCAAAUAUUCGAGACUUUAUAAAUAAAGUAAACAUUUAAAGUGAGACAACCGAAGUUUUUGAAGAUGAACCUGAUUCAAUAUAACUUAAUGAAUCAAAUUUUAUGUUUGCUGUAGCUAUAGAAUAAGUUAAUUUCAAUACUAAUCCAUUUUUUAAUAUAACUUUACGAUAAAGGUAACUAAUCCUAUUAUAUUUUAUAUAAGAUAAUAUGAAAGAUUAGAAAAUGGCACUCUUAUUAAACGAGAUCAACAUAUUGAUUUGAUACCAUGUACUUUAGAUAGAUUUUAAAAUAUAUUUACUCCAUAUGGAUUGAAUUUCACAUAACAAUAUCGUGAAAUAGGUCUAGAUACUUGGUUAUGUCCUUAGUACUUCUAUUCUCAAUUAUAGGCUUAAUUAUUCUGUUUCUUUGAAAGGAAGGUACACAAAUAAAUAUUUUGAUUUCCUCAAAAUUGCUGUUAAUGAAUGUAGUAAUCAAACUUAAUCUAAUUCAUUUUUUACUUGGAAACCAGUUUGUGCUUCUUAAGAAUUAUUAGAUGAAUGGUUAUUAGAUUAAAGAUCUUUUAGAGUUAAAUUGUAAUUAUAUAUAUGUUUUAUUUUAAGAUACAUUACAAAUAAAGUAAUUAAUCCUGAAAAAGGAGAUGAAUAUAUUUAAUCAUUUUUAGAUGAUGAAUUAUUCUUUUCAUUUGUACCAAAUAUAAUUGGUAAAGAAACUGAUGUUUUUUUCACCAAAUAUAUUUUACAUACUGAUAAUAAUUUAUUACCAACAAGUGAAGAAUCAGAAGCCUCUGAAAUAUUUGCAAAAUAAGAAGGUGAUUAUAGAGAUUAAGGAAUUUAUGCUGCAGAAUAAUUUGCUGCCAUUUAUUUAAGAAGAUCCCCUUAUACCAAUUACAUAUCAAGAUCAUAUCAAAAAUUAGAUAAAUUACUUUCCAUCCUUGGUGGUUUUGCUAAUAUCGUGUUUGUUGUUCUAGGUUUCUUUGUAGGGAUAUAUAAUAAAUAAUAAUGUACAUUUCUAAAAUCAGCUAGAUCUAAUUGAAUUAGCUAAUGAGGUGUAUGAUUUUCAUUUUGGCAAUGAAAACAAAGCUAAAUUUGAGAGAUAACAAUUAGUCAAAGAAAUCACAUAUGUUAAAUCAUAAUCAAAGAUAAUCAGUUAAAGAUGUAGUCCUGUAUCUUCAAUAAAUCCUGCUAAUUAAUCUAUUAAUUACAAUCCAAUCUAAUCAAUUAGACCAGUAAUAUCACAUCAAGUUGAUUGUACUUUAGUAAUUCAUAAUGACAAAGUAGAUUCAGAAUAAAAGUAGCAUAAAUCUAAUAAGAGUUCAGUAAUAAAUUUAUAACCAGUUGGAGAUAAUGAAAUAGAAUGGGAAAGUAUUGAUAAAAGUAUGCUUUCUUGUAAUCUUACAUAAAAUAAUAAUCAUACAGAUAUUGCUAUGUUUGGUAGUACUGCUAAAUUUCAUUAAGAAAGACAAACUAAAACUUAGAUUGAUUAAGAGUAAAAGAGUAUGAAACAAUCCAUAAAAUAGAUGCACAAAUAAAUAGUUAAUAAAAUUGGAAUUCAUAAUAGAAAAGAAUAUUUAACUAAAUAAAUAUAAAUGAUGCUUGAUAGAAGUCGUCCAAUUGUUUUCACUUUUAAAUUUGUAUUACAUUAAUUAUUUUGUGGCAAAUUAUUUUAAGAUAAGAAUUGUAUUCUAUUGGAUAAAGCAAUGUAAUAUUAAUUAAUUUAAAAUUAUAGAAAAAAAAUAAAUUAAGAUUUAGAUAUAUGUGUAUUAAUUGAUAAAGUUAAUGAAAUUAAUUUAAUUAAAGAACUUCUUUUAGAAAGAGAUCAAUAAAUACUAUUUAAUUUUGCACCAAAAGAAAUUAUUACAAUUGAAGAUUAAUUUUAUAAACAUCAUUUACCAGGAAGAAGAGAUUCUAAGUAUAUAUAUAUAUCUAUAAUUUAUUUAUUUUAGACGUGCAUUUACUAAAAGAUUAGGUGUAUAAUUUAGUGAUGUAGCUAAAAUGAUGUUUGAUAAGAAAUUUAAAAAAGGAUAAUUUGUAAAUCCUGGAUUAUAAAUUUAUUAUAAGUUGUAUUAAGCAUAUGAGAGAGUCAUUCUUUCAGAAGAGAAGAAUAAUAGAUUUAAUAAAAUACUAAUUGAAAAAUUAGGAUAAGAAGUAAAAGAAGUCUUUGAUAUUUCAAAUUAUAUUUAAGUGGAUAAAAAUAGAAUGAUUAUGGAUAAGUUAAAAAAAAAGAAAGUUAAUUUACAUGAAGAUGAAGUUGAAGAUUUACCUGGUUUAUUAAGUAUGGAUCAAAGAGAUUUGAAAUAAUCAAUGAUUAAAUGA